GUGGCCUUCGGUCUUUCCUCGCAGCUCCGGGGCAAGCUAGGGGUGGGAUGGAAGUCGAGAGUCGAUCCCGGAGCCCGGCCGCGGGGAGAGGUUCUCGGCAGAGAAGACAAAGCCCGCAGCAGCGAUGGGGGCAGAGCUGGGCUCUGCGCGUUGUGGGGGCCAGGAAAGGUUGCCAGGCUGGGGCUGGAACCCCCUGGCAAAGGAUGGGGUCCCCUCAUCCCUAAACAGCAAGCCAUCUCCCCUCGCCCGCCCCCCGCCCCCCCAGUCUCGGAGAUCUCAGAGGCACCGACUGGGAGUACACGAGAAGUUCUUUGAGAACAGGGACUGGAUCUAGUCUACUCCUGUAUUCUCAGCACCCAGCACAAAGAAACACACCUUCCACCUCUAAACGUUAGCUCCACCAAGCUCCAAGGGGAGAGAAGAGAGGGCAUAUGGGAAUGUUUUGCUGGACCCCAUACUGCACUCCCAGGCCAGGAAGCUCUGCAUCAGGAAGCCAGCACCAUUUUCACCUCCUCUGGGAGGAGGACCUAUUAGAGCCUUUGCCCCGGCGUCGGUGACUCAGUGUUCGCGGGAGCGCCGCACCUACACCAGCCAACCCAGAUCCCGAGGUCCGACAGCGCCCGGCCCAGAUCCCCACGCCUGCCAGGAGCAAGCCGAGAGCCAGCCGGCCGGCGCACUCCGACUCCGAGCAGUCUCUGUCCUUCGGCCCGAGCCCCGCGCCCUUUCCGGGACCCCUGCCCCGCGGGCAGCGCUGCCACCCUGCCGGCCAUGGAGACCCCGUCCCAGCGGCGCGCCACCCGCAGCGGGGCGCAGGCCAGCUCCACUCCGCUGUCGCCCACCCGCAUCACCCGGCUGCAGGAGAAGGAGGACCUGCAGGAGCUCAAUGAUCGCUUGGCGGUCUACAUCGACCGUGUGCGCUCGCUGGAAACGGAGAACGCAGGGCUGCGCCUUCGCAUCACCGAGUCUGAAGAGGUGGUCAGCCGCGAAGUGUCCGGCAUCAAGGCCGCCUACGAGGCCGAGCUCGGGGAUGCCCGCAAGACCCUUGACUCAGUAGCCAAGGAGCGCGCCCGCCUGCAGCUGGAGCUGAGCAAAGUGCGUGAGGAGUUUAAGGAGCUGAAAGCGCGCAAUACCAAGAAGGAGGGUGACCUGAUAGCUGCUCAGGCUCGGCUGAAGGACCUGGAGGCUCUGCUGAACUCCAAGGAGGCCGCACUGAGCACUGCUCUCAGUGAGAAGCGCACGCUGGAGGGCGAGCUGCAUGAUCUGCGGGGCCAGGUGGCCAAGCUUGAGGCAGCCCUGGGUGAGGCCAAGAAGCAACUUCAGGAUGAGAUGCUGCGGCGGGUGGAUGCUGAGAACAGGCUGCAGACCAUGAAGGAGGAACUGGACUUCCAGAAGAACAUCUACAGUGAGGAGCUGCGUGAGACCAAGCGCCGUCAUGAGACCCGACUGGUGGAGAUUGACAAUGGGAAGCAGCGUGAGUUUGAGAGCCGGCUGGCGGAUGCGCUGCAGGAACUGCGGGCCCAGCAUGAGGACCAGGUGGAGCAGUAUAAGAAGGAGCUGGAGAAGACUUAUUCUGCCAAGCUGGACAAUGCCAGGCAGUCUGCUGAGAGGAACAGCAACCUGGUGGGGGCCGCCCACGAGGAGCUGCAGCAGUCGCGUAUCCGCAUCGACAGCCUCUCUGCCCAGCUCAGCCAGCUCCAGAAGCAGCUGGCAGCCAAGGAGGCGAAGCUUCGAGACCUGGAGGACUCACUGGCCCGUGAGCGGGACACCAGCCGGCGGCUGCUAGCGGAAAAGGAGCGGGAGAUGGCUGAGAUGCGGGCAAGGAUGCAGCAGCAGCUGGACGAGUACCAGGAGCUUCUGGACAUCAAGCUGGCCCUGGACAUGGAGAUCCACGCCUACCGCAAGCUCUUGGAGGGCGAGGAGGAGAGGCUACGCCUGUCCCCCAGCCCUACCUCGCAGCGCAGCCGUGGCCGUGCUUCCUCUCACUCAUCCCAGACACAGGGUGGGGGCAGCGUCACCAAAAAGCGCAAACUGGAGUCCACCGAGAGCCGCAGCAGCUUCUCACAGCACGCACGCACUAGCGGGCGCGUGGCCGUGGAGGAGGUGGACGAGGAGGGCAAGUUUGUCCGGCUGCGCAACAAGUCCAAUGAGGACCAGUCCAUGGGCAAUUGGCAGAUCAAGCGCCAGAAUGGAGAUGAUCCCUUGCUGACUUACCGGUUCCCACCAAAGUUCACCCUGAAGGCUGGGCAGGUGGUGACGAUCUGGGCUGCAGGAGCUGGGGCCACCCACAGCCCCCCUACCGACCUGGUGUGGAAGGCACAGAACACCUGGGGCUGCGGGAACAGCCUGCGUACGGCUCUCAUCAACUCCACUGGGGAAGAGGUGGCCAUGCGCAAGCUGGUGCGCUCAGUGACUGUGGUUGAGGACGACGAGGAUGAGGAUGGAGAUGACCUGCUCCAUCACCACCACGUGAGUGGUAGCCGCCGCUGAGGCCGAGCCUGCACUGGGGCCACCCAGCCAGGCCUGGGGGCAGCCUCUUCCCAGCCUCCCCGUGCCAAAAAUCUUUUCAUUAAAGAAUGUUUUGGAACUUUACUCGCUGGCCUGGCCUUUCUUCUCUCUCCUCCCUAUACCUUGAACAGGGAACCCAGGUGUCUGGGUGCCCUACUCUGGUAAGGAAGGGAGUGGGAACUUUCUGAUGCCAUGGAAUAUUCCUGUGGGAGCAGUGGACAAGGGUCUGGAUUUGUCUUCUGGGAAAGGGAGGGGAGGACAGACGUGGGGCAUGCCCGCCCUGCCUCUCUCCCCCAUUCUUGUUGCAUGCAUAUCCUCUCAUUUCCCUCAUUUUUCCUGCAAGAAUGUUCUCUCUCAUUCCUGACCGCCCCUCCACUCCAAUUAAUAGUGCAUGCCUGCUGCCCUACAAGCUUGCUCCUGUUCUCUCUUCUUUUCCUCUUAAGCUCAGAGUAGCUAGAACAGAGUCAGAGUCACCUCUCUGGUUCUCUGUCCCCAAGUCUUCCUGAGCCUUCUCCCAUUUUAUGUCUUCCCUCUCCUCCUCCGGGCCCCUGGCCUCCCAAACCCCCAUUGCCCGCUGGCUCCUUAGGCACAGAACCACACCUUCCUGCCUGGCAGCUGGGAGCCUGCAAGAGCCUGGAGACUGGUUGGGCCUGAGUGGUCAGUCCCAGACUCGCCGUCCCGCCUGAGCCUUGUCUCCCUUCCCAGGGCUCCCACUGCAGCAGCUCGGGGGACCCCGCUGAGUACAACCUGCGCUCGCGCACCGUGCUGUGCGGGACCUGCGGGCAGCCUGCCGACAAGGCAUCUGCCAGCGGCUCAGGAGCCCAGGUGGGCGGACCCAUCUCCUCUGGCUCUUCUGCCUCCAGUGUCACGGUCACUCGCAGCUACCGCAGUGUGGGGGGCAGUGGGGGUGGCAGCUUCGGGGACAAUCUGGUCACCCGCUCCUACCUCCUGGGCAACUCCAGCCCCCGAACCCAGGUGAGUUGUCUCUGCUUUGUCUCCAAAUCCUGCAGGCGGGUCCCUGGUCAUCAAGGGGUAGGAUGAGGUGGCCUUGCAGGGGGGAGAGCCUGCCUUCUCUUCCGCAGCCCGGGGGAGUGGGAGCCUCCUCCCCACAGCCUGAGUCCUAGACAGCCCACCUCUGCAUCCUGCCCCUCUUGUCUGAGCCCCAGACUGGAGGGCAGGGGCAGGGCUGGAGUGUGAGGGAUGGGGGAGAUGCUACCUCCCUUCUAGGGGCCAGGGGAGGGAGGGUCUGGGUCCAGGCCCUGCUGCUCACACCUCUCUCCUCUGUUUUCUCUCUUAGAGCCCCCAGAACUGCAGCAUCAUGUAAUCUGGGACCUGCCAGGCAGGGGUGGGGGUGGAGGCUUCCUGCGUCCUCCUCACCUCAUGCCCACCCCCUGCCCUGCACCUCAUGGGAGGGGUCUUGAAGCCAAAGAAAAAUAACCCUUUGGUUUUUUUCUUCUGUAUUUUUUUUUCUAAGAGAAGUUAUUUUCUACAGUGGUUUUAUACUGAAGGAAAAACACAAGCAAAAAAAAAAAAAAGCAUCUAUCUCAUCUAUCUCAAUCCUAAUUUCUCCUCCCUUCCUUUUCCCUGCUUCCAGGAAACUCCACAUCUGCCUUAAAACCAAAGAGGGCUUCCUCCAGAAGCCAAGGGAAAGGGGUGCUUUUAUAGAGGCUAACUUCUGCUUUUCUGCCCUGGCUGCUGCCCCCACCCCGGGGACCCUGUGACAUGGUGCCUGAGAGGCAGGCAUGGAGGCUUCUCCGCCAGCCUCCUCUGGAUGGCAGGCUCACUGCCAGGCCAGCCUCCGAGAGGGAGAGAGAGAGAGAGAGGACAGCUUGAGCCGGGCCCCUGGGCUUGGCCUGCUGUGAUUCCACUACACCUGGCUGAGAUUCCUCUGCCUGCCCCGCCCCCAGUCCCCACCCCUGCCCCCAGCCCCGGGGUGAGUCCAUUCUCCCAGGUACCGGCUGCGCUUGCUUUUCUGUAUUUUAUUUAGACAAGAGAUGGGAAUGAGGUGGGAGGUGGAAGAAGGGAGAAGAAAGGUGAGUUUGAGCUGCCUUCCCUAGCUUUAGACCCUGGGUGGGCUCUGUGCAGUCACUGGAGGUUGAAGCCAAGUGGGGUGCUGGGAGGAGGGAGAGGGAGGUCACUGGAAAGGGGAGAGCCUGCUGGCACCCACCGUGGAGGAGGAAGGCAAGAGGGGGUGGAGGGGUGUGGCAGUGGUUUUGGCAAACACUAAAGAGCCCUUGCCUCCCCAUUUCCCAUCUGCACCCCUUCUCUCCUCCCCAAAUCAAUACACUAGUUGUUUCUA